CGGGAGAUGUAGUUCAGAUACUGAUCUCCCAGAGAUCCUCUGUUCUGUAACCGGUCUGACCCGGACGCCCCUAGGGACUGUGUUUAAUGCAUCGUACACUGUGUUGUGGGCUGUUUAUCGUCCCUGCCCGUAGCCGGUAUGGAGCUGCUCACCCUAGACACCGUGUGGGGGGGCUCCAGCCUGGCUCUCACCUCUCUGUUCUAUUACCUGUACCGGAAACAGCUGGCGACUGUGAGACGCAUCCAGGUGAUGAUGUCCCAUUUAUUGACCACUGCCUAUAGCAGACCUUCUUUGUGAUGUCACUCCCUAUAGCAGACCUUAUACGUGAUGUCACUGCCUAUAGCAGACCUUCUUUGUGAUGUCACUGCCUAUAGCACACCUUAUACGUGAUGUCACUCCCUAUAGCAGACCUAUGUGAUGUCACUCCCUAUAGCACACCUUAUACGUGAUGUCACUGCCUAUCGGAGACCUUCUUUGUGAUUUCACUGCCUAUAGCAGACCUUAUACGUGAUGUCACUGCCUAUAGCAGACCUUCUUUGUGAUGUCACUGCCUAUAGCAAACCUUCUAUGCGAUGUCACUGCCUAAAGCAAACCUAUGCGAUGUCACUCCCUAUAGCACACCUUAUAUGUGAUGUCACUCCCUAUAGCACACCUUAUACGUGAUGUCACUCCCUAUAGCAGACCUUAUACGUGAUGUCACUGCCUAUCGGAGACCUUCUUUGUGAUGUCACUCCCUAUAGCAGACCUUAUACGUGAUGUCACUGCCUAUAGCAGACCUUCUUUGUGAUGUCACUGCCUAUAGCACACCUUAUACGUGAUGUCACUCCCUAUAGCAGACCUAUGUGAUGUCACUCCCUAUAGCACACCUUAUACGUGAUGUCACUGCCUAUCGGAGACCUUAUACGUGAUGUCACUGCCUAUAGCAGACCUUCUUUGUGAUGUCACUGCCUAUAGCAAACCUUCUAUGCGAUGUCACUGCCUAAAGCAAACCUAUGCGAUGUCACUCCCUAUAGCACACCUUAUACGUGAUGUCACUCCCUAUAGCACACCUUAUACGUGAUGUCACUCCCUAUAGCAGACCUUAUACGUGAUGUCACUCCCUAUAGCAGACCUUAUACGUGAUGUCACUACCUAUAGCAGACCUUCUUUGUGAUGUCACUGCCUAUAGCACACCUUAUACGUGAUGUCACUCCCUAUAGCAGACCUAUGUGAUGUCACUCCCUAUAGCACACCUUAUACGUGAUGUCACUGCCUAUCGGAGACCUUCUUUGUGAUGUCACUGCCUAUAGCAGACCUUAUACGUGAUGUCACUGCCUAUAGCAGACCUUCUUUGUGAUGUCACUGCCUAUAGCAGACCUUCUUUGUGAUGUCACUGCCUAUAGCACACCUUAUACGUGAUGUCACUCCCUAUAGCAGACCUAUGUGAUGUCACUCCCUAUAGCAGACCUUAUACGUGAUGUCACUACCUACAGCAGACCUUCUUUGUGAUGUCACUGCCUAUAGCACACCUUAUACGUGAUGUCACUCCCUAUAGCAGACCUAUGUGAUGUCACUCCCUAUAGCACACCUUAUACGUGAUGUCACUGCCUAUCGGAGACCUUCUUUGUGAUGUCACUCCCUAUAGCAGACCUUAUACGUGAUGUCACUGCCUAUAGCAGACCUUCUUUGUGAUGUCACUGCCUAUAGCACACCUUAUACGUGAUGUCACUCCCUAUAGCAGACCUAUGUGAUGUCACUCCCUAUAGCACACCUUAUACGUGAUGUCACUGCCUAUCGGAGACCUUAUACGUGAUGUCACUGCCUAUAGCAGACCUUCUUUGUGAUGUCACUGCCUAUAGCAAACCUUCUAUGCGAUGUCACUGCCUAAAGCAAACCUAUGCGAUGUCACUCCCUAUAGCACACCUUAUACGUGAUGUCACUCCCUAUAGCACACCUUAUACGUGAUGUCACUCCCUAUAGCAGACCUUAUACGUGAUGUCACUCCCUAUAGCAGACCUUAUACGUGAUGUCACUACCUAUAGCAGACCUUCUUUGUGAUGUCACUGCCUAUAGCACACCUUAUACGUGAUGUCACUCCCUAUAGCAGACCUAUGUGAUGUCACUCCCUAUAGCACACCUUAUACGUGAUGUCACUGCCUAUCGGAGACCUUCUUUGUGAUGUCACUGCCUAUAGCAGACCUUAUACGUGAUGUCACUGCCUAUAGCAGACCUUCUUUGUGAUGUCACUGCCUAUAGCAGACCUUCUUUGUGAUGUCACUGCCUAUAGCACACCUUAUACGUGAUGUCACUCCCUAUAGCAGACCUAUGUGAUGUCACUGCCUAUAGCAGACCUUAUACGUGAUGUCACUGCCUAUAGCAGACCUUAUACGUGAUGUCACUGCCUAUAGCAGACCUUCUAUGCGAUGUCACUGCCUAAAGCAAACCUAUGCGAUGUCACUCCCUAUAGCACACCUUAUACGUGAUGUCACUGCCUAUAGCAGACCUUCUUUGUGAUGUCACUGCCUAUAGCACACCUUAUACGUGAUGUCACUGCCUAUAGCAGACCUUCUAUGCGAUGUCACUCCCUAUAGCAGACCUAUGUGAUGUCACUCCCUAUAGCAGACCUAUGUGAUGUCACUCCCUAUAGCACACCUUAUACGUGAUGUCACUUCCUAUAGCAGACCUAUGUGAUGUCACUCCCUAUAGCAGACCUUAUACGUGAUGUCACUUCCUAUAGCAGACCUAUGUGAUGUCACUCCCUAUAGCAGACCUAUGUGAUGUCACUCCCUAUAGCACACCUUAUACGUGAUGUCACUCCCUAUAGCACACCUUAUACGUGAUAUCACUGCCUAUAGCAGACCUAUGUGAUGUCACUCCCUAUAGCAGACCUUAUACGUGAUGUCACUGCCUAUAGCAGACCUUCUUUGUGAUGUCACUGCCUAUAGCAAACCUUCUAUGCGAUGUCACUCCCUAUAGCAGACCUUCUAUGCGAUGUCACUCCCUAUAGCAGACCUUCUAUGCGAUGUCACUCCCUAUAGCAGACCUAUGUGAUGUCACUCCCUAUAGCAGACCUAUGUGAUGUCACUCCCUAUAGCACACCUUAUACGUGAUGUCACUCCCUAUAGCAGACCUUAUACGUGAUGUCACUGCCUAUAGCAGACCUUCUUUGUGAUGUCACUGCCUAUAGCAGACCUUCUUUGUGAUGUCACUGCCUAUAGCAAACCUUCUAUGCGAUGUCACUCCCUAUAGCAAAACUGCUAUGUGAUGUCACUCCCUAUAGCAGACCUUAUACGUGCUGUCACUCCCUAUAGCAGACCUAUGUGAUGUCACUCCCUAUAGCACACCUUAUACGUGAUGUCACUGCCUAUAGCAAAACUUCUAUGUGAUGUCACUCCCUAUAGCACACCUUAUACAUGAUGUCACUCCCUAUAGCAGACCUAUGUGAUGUCACUCCUUAUUGCACACCUUAUAUGUGAUGUCACUGCCUAUAGCAGACCUAUGUGUCGUCACUGCCUAUAGCAAACCUUCUAUGUGAUGUCACUGCCUAUAGCCAACCUUAUACGUGAUGUCACUGCCUAUAACACACCUUAUAUGUGAUGACACUGCUUAUGUUAGAGCAUACACGUGAUAUCUUUCCCUAUACCAGGCCUUACAAAUGAUAUCAAUGCUAAUAUAAGACCUUACUCAUGAUAUCACUACCAAUAUGUAACCAUGUACAUGUUAUCACUAUCUAUGUUAGAUAUCACAUGAUAUCACAGGUCUUGACAAUGGAAUCUAGGAGUCAGCUAAAAAAAGAGCUAGGAGCCAUUUUUUUUUAAACUAACAAAGUUUAAUUUUAUUAAAGGACACAGAGGCGAGUAAGUAUGCUUAUUCUCUUUCUUUAUUCCUCAGCAGCAAAAGAGAGAGAUACUGUAAAUAUGCAACAACAUUUAAAUAAUAACAUAAUUUACCCAAAAGGGUUAACCAUAAAUAACCUAUUAACCAAUGAGGGUUUCCCGGAAUAAUAGAGUCCCAUGUGACCUUAAGCCACUCCUCUUUCUUUUGCUGUUGCCUCCUCAGCUAAGUACAAUUUUUCUUCUCCUGUCAUAAUUUGGAAAAGUGUGUGUGUAAAUUACACUGUUUGGGUUAAUUACCCUUUAUUACCUUUUAGUUAAUCCAUUUUAUUCCAUGGUUACUUUAUUAUUUCAGUGGUAUUUAUGUUUUCUUCAUAUUUGGGUUUGAAAAUUGUUCUGCCUUGAUAUCUCCCCCUCUCCCUGUCCCCCCUCCCCCUCUGUCAAGUCAGUUUGUUUAUUUUCCGACCGGUUCUCUCCUUCCUUGCUUUAUUUGAUUGUCUCAUACCUGAGGCUCCCCUCUCACGCCGGGUAGCGUUCCUCUCCCCGGUCCCGGCGGAUCGCCGCGGCUAGUGCCGCUCGCACAUGCACACAUCGCGAGUGCGCAUCGCGGUGGCCAUAUUGCGAUUGGCGAUUUUGCCACGCUUUUACUAGCGCGGCCAAUACCGCCCGCCUGGGGGCGGGAGUAGUCUGCUGUUACUAGGCAAGUCACCGGUGCUCCCCAGGACCUUAUUCCUGAGGGAACACUCUGUGAGCUUGCUCUAUUGAUUUAUUUGUGCCUAGUUUUAUUACAUUGGUGCCUGUAAAGCUGUUUCUUGCACUGCUAUACUGUACAGCUACCUACUACAACUAGUAGUGCCCUAUUUGAGCAUAAAAUUUUUCUGCCUGUCAUUUAGCCAUAUUUUUGCAAUCCAAUAAAAUGUCUGAUAUUUUUGGCUCUGCCACCAUAACCCCUGACCCCCUUCCUGAGUCCAAAACUCCUGCAGCCAUUGAAGUGUCACAGGAUCAAACGGACUGAGGAGUUACAUUCCCUCCUGGACUUUGUUAUGAUGAAAUCUGUGACACAGGCCAUAUUUAACGCUAUGGGGGCCAUGUCAGACAAUAUCUCACAUUCAAUUACGAUGGCGCUGAGAUCCACUCAGCUGAUACCAACUCCCACUACUAACCCACCUGAGUAUAAACCGGUAGCCCCUAGUGGGCGUAAAGCCGCAAACAAGUCCCGCCACCUGGACGACUGCCUCCAAAACAUUACAGACGGACAGGGUACAUCCUUUCACAGAUCAUGUGGUUGCACCACAACUAAGAGCCCCCGACCGGGCAAAAUUGGUGAGGAACUGGAAAAGGGCUAGAACCCUCAUUGAAUCCUCCGAAUCUGAGUCGGAGCAACAGGAGGCACAGAUCGAGUCCGAUGAGGAGGACUCUGAUGAUCCCAGCACUUAUUUUCCAGAACACAGUUCCUUGACAGGUGCUGGAACAGACCCCAAAAAUGGAGUGGACGAGUCUGCCCUGGUUGACCUGCAGGGCGAACCACUGUUUGACCCCGACACCUUACAACACCCGAGAUCCUCGGAGUGGUAUCCCCUAGAACAAGUAGCGAAAUAUAUCGCUGCUCGUAUUAGAAAACCACUUGACAAGGUGGCACGAAGCAAACCUUUCCCCACUAUUCCCGAUAUGGCAUGCGCCACCCCGACGUAGACCCAAAGAUUGCCCAAUUCUUGGGGAAGUCGGGUUGGAAAGCCAAAAAAGGCCUGGAUUUUGCCUGGCGGAAUUGACAGGAUAAGGUUCUGGAUGUUCUAGGACCAAUUGCAAAAAUGUUUGACAUGGUCGAAAUCGCACUGACAGGUGGUACAUUGGUGGAUUUAGAAGCCCUCAGUGGGUGGAUCCAGCGAGCCGUAUGUCUGCUGGGCAACGUCAAUACGGCGGUAGCCACUGAAAGGCGCAAGGCAAUCCUGAUAAAAAUAGAGCCCAAGCUAGUGAACCUAGCUAUUUCAGAGCCUGGACCCCAGGCAAAAGCCCUCCUGUUUGGAUAUAGUUUUGUUAAGGAGCUAGGCACAUAUGUAGGCACCUUUGCAGCACUUGAUAAAGCUCAAGCCAGCAUGAAACAAGUGUUCCAACAGAGAGUUUUUGGCGGGGCCGGCAGAUAUUGGGGCCGUCUGCUCGGCUGAUCACCCCGGGGUUCAUACCAGGGCUAUCGAGGCCCCAUACAGUCCAGGCUUACAACACCUGAGUCCAGAACUACCACACCGUUCUUCCCAGUCCGGGGUAGACCAUGGCAGUUUCGAGGACCCAGAGGUUCUUCCUAUGGCAGAUGACCUUAUGGUAAGUCCAAUGCCUCUGCAUCUGGCCUCAUUAACUAUGGUGGGGGGCAGACUGUGUCACUUUAUCAGCGCAUGGCGCAUGCUCACUGCAGAUGCAUGGAUCCUUCAUGCUGUUCAAGGUUACAAUACCCUGUACAAUACCCUGUUCAAAUGCAGCCCCCCAACCGCAUGGUGUUCCCCAUCCACGACCAAUACCAGAUAUCUCAAGAAGUCCAGGCCUUAGCCUCCAAGGGUGCAAUUUCAGAAGUUGACCCUCUCACACCAGAUUUCUUAAGCAACCUCUUCCUGGUCCUCAAAAAAGGCGGAUGCACCCAUCCUGUCAUAAACUUACAACCCCUAAACAUGUUUGUCACAUACCAUCACUUCAAGAUGGGAGGUAUACACUCUCAGAGAUCUCCUACUUACAGGGGACUGGAUGGUCAAACUCGACUUGAAGGACGCGUACCUCACGGUCUCUAUGGCCGACGAAUGCCAAAACUUCCUACAGUUCCAAUGGAAAGAGACCUUAUGGCAAUUCAAAUGCCUACCGUUCGGCCUAUCGUCGGCACCAUGGUGCUUCACAAAGCUAAUGAAACCAGUGGUCGCCCUCCUUCGCAGCAGUGAAGUUCGACUCAUAAUAUACUUGGACGAUAUCCUCAUAAUGGCGCAGGACCCUCAUCUGCUCCACGAACAUUUUUCCUGGACAAGGACUCUACUAGAAAAUCUAGGUUUUCUAAUCAACUGGGAGAAGUCGUCACCAAACCCUGUCAAUCAAUAGAAUUCCUGGGAUUCACCAUCGAUGCUGUGAACGGAGCACUCCUACUCCCAACAGCCAAAGUCAAAUCCAUCAAAAAGGAAAUAAGGCGGACGUUAGCAUGUCCUGUUCUUACCUUGAGACAACUGGCCAGGAUUGUCUGCCUCCUCUCAGCAUCAAUCCAAGCCAUAUUCCCCGGCCCUCUGCAUUACAGAGCACUCCAACGACUGAAAGCCAAAUCUUUUAAGUAUAUCGACCAAUUGCUCCAUAUUGUCCAGCCAUGGACAAUAUAUCAGCGGUCCGCUAUAUCAACCACCUCGGGGGCGCGAAGUCAACAAUACUAACGGAACUAACGAAAGGUUUCUGGCAAUUCUGUCUGGACCACAACAUCUCGGUAUAAGCAGAGUACAUUCCGGAAUGUCCAACGUAGUGGCGGAUUGGAAUUCCAGACACCUACGAGAUGCCAGCGACUGGCUACUGAACCCUGUCGUCUUCAGCCAUUUACAAUCACUCUGGGGUCCCUUGGACAUCGAUCUGUUCGCAUCACGCUUGCACACACAUUUGCUGAAGUUUUUCAGCUGGAGAUCGGAUCCGUAAGCUCUAGCGACGGACGUUUUCCUCCAACCGUGGCCGAAUGACCGCCACUACGCCUUCCCUCCUGUCUCCCUCCUUCCUCCCUCAUUGCAUGAACUCUACUGCAUCUCAGACGUCACCGAACCUCCUUGAUCCUCAUAGCCCCCUUUUGGACGUCUCAGCCCUGGUUCCCUGCGCUCAUGGAAAUGUCCAUAGACCUCCCGAGGUUACUGCCGAUGACAGUCAACCUCGUACUGGAUUCCGACAGGAACUUACAUCCCCUUCUACUUCAGGGACAUCUCAAGCUCUUGGUAUGGCUCCUCUCAGGGGACCCUGCUACAUCCCAAAUGUUCCACAAGCAACUCUGGACCUUCUGGCAGGGGCUUGGGCCCCAGGAACGAGGAGGUCAUACCUACAUGCCUGGAACGCAUGGAAUAGUUGGUGCAUGGAACAACACAUAUCUGCAAAUGUGAGUCAGGUUCUAAGUUUCCUUACUUCACUCUUCGACCAUGGCCUGGCAUAUCGUACAAUCAACCCAUAUAGAUUAGCUAUUUUGGCAGGCCAUCAAGGCUGGAAUGGACUCCAGGCAGGAAAGCACCCAGUGGUAUGUCGACUUCUACAUAGCAUCAAGUUUGCACGCCCACCAAGACCUAAAUAUACAGCCUUGUGGGAUGUUGGCCUAGUUCUCCGACUUUUUGAAAAUUGGCCAAAGAAUGAGGACCUUUUGAUUAAGCAGCUCAUGGCUAAAUUGGUUACGCUGUUAUGUCUAAUCUCCUGUAAACGUGUCUCGGAUGUCCCAGCACUGGACCUCACGGCACACUCAUUUACACCAGAAGGUGUCUCCCUUCGACAUCAAGACGUACUAAGACAUCCAUUACAUCAGUCUUCUACCCAGCUUUUCCACAUAACAUUAAUCUAUGUCCAGUACUCUGCCUCAAGGAAUAUGAAAUAAGGACCGCCUCAAUUCGUGAUUCCCGGUAUCUGGAUCUGUUUCUGGCACUCCAACAACCUCACCAUCCGGUUUCUACAGUUACCAUAUCUCGCUGGGUUAAAUGGAUCAUGGAGUCGACUGGCAUUGAUAUCUCCACGUACGGAGCGUACUCAGUGAGGGGUGCUAUGGCAUCAAAAGCCUUUUCUCUCGGUUGUAGACUAGAAGACCUCCUCCAUGCAGCUGAUUGGUCCAGCGAAUCUACGUUCUGGGAAUUUUAUUUCAGACCAAUUUCUCAUUUUUCCACUUCAGUGAUCUCGCAGCUUUGAACUAGCAUAAUUGGAGCCUCCGUGUGCCUUUAAUAAAAUUACCAGAUUUUACUAAUUUCAUGACGUAAAGUCAUGAUUUUAUAAAGGACACGGAGGCGAGUAUUAUCCCGGCUAAUCCAGGUAAGUGGCGCCCUCCCUGUGAAUAGACUGUCAUAUAACGGGCACGAGUCGUGUAAUAAUGUGAUUUUGUUUUUCACCUGAUGACUAGUACUGAAUUGACAGAUUGGUUUCUGGUACCUAAGGUCGUAAUAUAAUAUGGAAACAAUAUCCAAGAACAUAUUUUACCAUUUCAUUUCUUGUCUUACAGCCUCCUAAUUGGGUUGUCAUUCUGGUCCAUGCCUGCCCAUGAAAGUUUCAUUCAGAAGGCUGCCAGUUUUAUUCGGAGCUCCGUUGCUUGAAUUUUCCUGGGACUCACGGUUCUGCACAUCUAUUGGUUACAUCGUUUCUGUUUGAGGAAGUGUUAAUCGACAACAUCAAAAGAAAGAGGAGUGGCUUAAGGUCACAUGGGACUCUAUGCUGGGAUCACUCUCAUUGGUUAAUAGGUUAUUUAUGGUUAACCCUUUGGGUUAAAUUUUGUUGAAUAUUUACAGUAUCUCUCUCUUUUGCUGCUGAGGAAUAAAGAAACAGAAUAAGCAUAAUACUCGCCUCCGUGUCCUUUAUAAAAUCAUGACUUUACGUCAUGAAAUUAGUAAAAUCUGGUCAUUUUCAACAAGAAAAAUGCAAUUCUUAAAGGGACAUUGCUGCCUAGUAACGUAUCUAGAGACAGUCACUCAAACAGCCACUAGAGAAUUCUGGGUCUGCAUGGAAGCACUGAAUGUUCCCUAUAGAGAUGCAUUUAUUAAUGGGAUUUGUCGAACCCUGUGAUAUCAUCCUCUAUACCAGAACAUAUAUGUGAUGUCACUGCUAAUAUGAGACCUUAUAUGUGAUGUCACUGCCUAUGUUAGUUCAUACACAUCAUAUCAUUCUCUAUACCAGACCUUAUACACAAUUUCACUGCAAAUACCAGAUGUUAUACAUGAUCAUCCCUACACCAGUCCUUAUACUUGAUAUCACUGCCAGUACCAGACCUGAUAGAUUAUAUCUCUGGCUAUAACCUUAUAAAUUAAAUUGCUGCAUAUACCAUUCUGUAUAAAUGAUAUCACUGUCAAUAUGAGACCUUAUAUAUGAAAUCACUUCCUCUGUUAUUCUCUACACUGGAUCUAAUAGCAAUGUCACUGCAAAUACCAGACACUAUACUUGAUUUUCCCUAUACCAGUCUUUAUACUUGAUAUCAUUGACAAUACCAGACUUUAUAGAUGUUAUUGCUGUCUUAAACAACACCUUAUGUAUGAAAUAUGAUAUUGCUGCCUAUCAUUGGCUAUAAACAUAUUAUCAGUAUUAUUCACUAAAAUGAGAAUUGCCAGAAAGUGAAUUUUAAAUUUAAGGCCAAAAUAGCCAAAUUGAAGACAACUUUACUUGUAUAAUGUUUUAAGUUUGUUUGUUAGGCGUAAAUUGUGAAAUUCACUUUGAAUUCCCAGCAAUUCUCACUUGAGUGAAUAACUCUGCAUAUGUUAUAUCACUGCCCAUACAAGACCUUAUAGAUGAUAAAUUUGUCUAUUACAAAACUUUAUACAUCUCUAUAAUAUCACUGCAUGUACCUGCCCUUAUAUGUGGCAUGUGGUGUGACUGACUAUACCAUAACUUAUAGCUGAUAACACUGUCAGUUACAAGACCUUGCAUACGAUAUCCCUGCCUGUCCUGGACUGAGUCUCUCCAGGCAUUGAUAAUAUACUGAUAUCACUGCUUACACCAGACCCUCAGUCUGUCCAAACCCUGCUAUACAUUAUACCAUUGUCUUUCUCAUUACAACACAUAUUCAGUGACCUCUCCUUUCAGGAUGCCCCAAAGAUGCAGGUGGAUGGUAACCUGAGGAGUACACUGGAAUCCCUACAUGGACAGGAAAUCAGUUAUGUGGCUCUGGAGGGUGCGUACUACUUAUUAGCAAUUUCUAAAUGUUGUGUCGAUUGAGUGGUUUCAUUGAAUUACGUCAGUGCUGUAACACACAAGUCAGUGUUGACUAAAACUAGGAACACUUGUUUGUAAAUUACACUUGACAUGGCAUCUGGAGUGCCAAGGUUAAUUGUCACUGACUUAGGAAAUCUUGCGUAGUCCUGGGGACAUGGAGUCCAGAAACGUUAUAGAUAGUCUCUUGGUUGAUCCUCUUUGUUCACACGUCAUGACUGCUAUGAUUACCAUUGUACUUAAAAAUUACUUAUUGAAAAUAAUAGGUAUAAAUAUAGAUCUGAUGAUAUAUUUCCCCGCGACUGACGGAUAGAAAUGGAUAUAUAAGACAGAAAAAAAGGAAGGGAAAAGGGAAAGAAAUGAGAAAAAGAGAAGACUGUAUUAAGAAAUAAAACCAAAAGGAUAGACUGCAGAGGGGGAAAACUACUUACUGUACUUAACUGUUUAGUGUAUGUCGGUUCGAAUGUGUAUAGUUAUGGAAGGGUUUUUUGCAUUUAUGUUGUCUUUUUUUGUGUGUCAUGAAUUUAUAUAUAUAUUGAUAUUUUAUUUAUUUCCCCCCUCCCUCUCGCAAUCUAAACUGUCAAUUAAGUAAAUAGCAAGAGCAGUGUAUAUAUACUGUAAUACUGAUAAUUGGUUGAGGGCUAUAUAUGUAUGUUGACUAGGAAUAUGUUAUAUCUAAUGACUAGGAAACAGGAGGGGAGGAAAGGAGGAGAGAAGAGAGGGUAACAGAUAUAAUAUUCAUGAUGACAAUUAUACCAAAGCCUUAAACAAAGAAGCACUAUAAACUUUUCUUAGGCUGGUAUUCACUGAAGAAAAAAAAGAAAAAAAAAAACAUGAAAAAUUACUUAUUAUUGUGAGAGAACCAUUUUUAUGAGUUUUUUGCAAUGUGAGGAUUAGACUUCAAAAAUGGGUAUAACUGCAGAUGGUUUGCCAGACUAUGCCUAACUCCCAAAAUUUAUACUUAAGUAUAACUACUAGAAUAAUGAUCAGUGCACAUCAUGUAAAUUGCUUUAAUUAGAGUCUGCCAGGCUAGGUCUGAUCCUAUCUAGAAUGACCUUUACUUUCCUGGGUAAAUCAUGCAGCACUUAAGGGUGCACUAUAGUAUCAGGAACACAAUGGUGUAUUCAUGACACUAUAGUUCUAAAAUCAUGUUUAUGUGGUUUGCCUCCCUUACCUUGGGUUACAUAUGUAAUUUACUCAUCUUUUUUCAGCGCUGCGUGGGGCUCCUUGCAUCUGACCCCGCCUCCUAAGCCGAAAUAGUCAGAAUUUCCCAAAGUAUUGGCUGAGAUCGUCAGUUCUACAAAUCUCAGCCAGGAGGUGGGUGGGGGGCAGAGCCAAAUACAGCACUGGCCAAUCAGCAUCUCCUCAUAGAGAUAAAUUGAAACAAUGCAUCUCAAUGGGAAAGUUCAGCAUCUCCAUGCAGAGUGUGGAGACGCUGAACGUCCUUACACUGCCCCAGGAAGCACCUCUAGUGGCAUCUGAGGAGUGGCUACUAGAGGUGUUCCUAAGCUGUAAACACUUCCUUUUUUAGGAGAAAAGACCAUGUUUACAUUAAAAAGCCUACAGGGACUAACUAUAUUCACCAGAACAACUGCAAUAAACUAGUUGUUCUGGUGACUAUAGUGUCCCUUUAGCUACAAAAGGUUUAUUUUCAUACUAGGAUAUAUAUAUAUAUAUAUAUAUAACAAACACACGACUCAGGCACUCACCCAAAAAAAUAUGUCACUAUAACCGGGUGCUUCCAGCGCUUAUGUAGAAAGUAAAUAAAUAGAGCACUCCUAGGGAAAUUUCUAAAAGUGUAUUAAAGUACAAAAUCAAUGUUUCAACCCUCCUGGGUCUUUAUCAAGAUCAAAUAACAGUACAUACAGUGCAUCAAUAUAUAUCGUAACAGAUUAGUGACUUACCGAAGGUGUGUGAUCACGCCCAUCAGUGCUCCUGAACUCUGAAGUGAUCAUCCCUUGUGCGCGUGCACAUGCGCAUUAGCGUAGUGUGUGCGUGAACGUGAUUGACGUGCUCAACGUGUGUGUGGGGGAGUGUUCUGCCGGCGUGUAACCGUAACCAUAGGAACCAGUGUUAAUAUCUCCUGUGUGAACUAGUGACAGGAGAGCGGAAGAUUUGGAGGCUAUAGGCGAGCAGUGCUGAAAUAUGACAUAUAUGUAAAAAACAGCGUGACUCAUUAAAACAUUCUAAAUAAAGAAGGAUCCCAAGUACAGAAGGGGGUCUGAAAGCAAAUAGUAAAGAAUAAUAUAUAAUUGAUCUCAAACCAGAUCUAAGAGAGGUGGCUAAGAAAAGGCUGGAGAAAUAGGUAGCAAGAGAGAUACACAAAGAAAUAGGAAAUAAAAAAAGGUGAAAAAAAAAAUAUAUAUAUAUAUAUAUAUGGAAGGCGUGGCCUGAAGUUGUGGGAGGGGCUUGGUUCCCCUUCUUAAGGAGCAUCAACCCUUCCCUCAUUACCUGUUGGGUCUGGCGAAUUGUUGGUAGAGAGAUCGUCACUUCCGGUUGUUUCUGGCGCCAUUCUACUUACCUGUUUCACCGUGGGUAGCUUCCUGGGUCCCAACAAGUGCUGUCCCAUCCUGUUCCGCCCGUCUGGCUUCAUUUCCUGGCCGGGCGUUUCGCUGCGCUUUCGUUACAGCAAAAUCGUAAGUUUACGGCCGUCGCAAUUUCGGCGCGGCCGUUUUACGUCAUCCUAAUUGUACAGUCGCACACGUGGAAACUCUUCGGUAAAUAUUUAUACGAAUACCGGCGUUCGGUUUUCUGCUUGUAUACGCAUAGCAUGUUACAUUUUAAUUCGUAUAGGGCAAUUCGCUACAUUCAUAUUAUGCCCGUUCGUUUGCCGAAAGCUGCUUCACUUUAUUGUUACAACUUGUUGUAUGCCCUAGGGCGACCUCUGGUGGCUGGUUCAUUGUCACUGAUUUCUCUCUCAAAAUACAUUCCACGACCCCUGGUGGUUAUUAAAGUUAUGGCAGCUGGUACAAGUAAAUGAUAUUUUCAGUUAUGAUUAUAAGAUAUCUUAUGCUGGUUAAAGUUUGUUGGGCAAUUCGUUAAAUAUGUUUUAUUAAUUAAAUUGAACAAUGCAUUUACACUCAGUCACCUUAUGACUAUUUCGUAUGCCGAAUCUCUAGUCUUGUAUGUGGUAUAAUUAUGAUAUGCACUAAGAAGACCACUGGUGGUCGGUUUUCAGUACUUUUAGUUGCUUGCACAACCCUGCUGAUCAGAAAGGUUAUAUUCACGACCUCAAUCAUUUGUAAGAUUACAGUUUCAGUAGUCCAGUGUUGUAUGCAUUGUAUGAGUAUCAAUAUAAGGACAUUUUGUCAUGACAUACUUAACGGUCUAUUAAUUAGAGACCUCUUGUUUUCAGUGUUCUACAUUAAUUCCUCUGGGUUCCGCUACCCCACCACUGUUUCACUCUACAUAGGUCUGUUCCUAUAUUUAAAUAUACCUUCAUGGGUCACGCCAGACCAGAUUCCUCAAAGAUUUUUCUAUAUUACUAGGUAUAAGCAUCCUAGCACUGCGUAGUAUUCAGGUCCCAGUCACCUAAACUGUUGGAAUAUUAUUUAUAGGUAUCUGAUCAGCAGGGGGUCAAGGGCUACAUAUUUCAACCCUUACGAACUCAUGUUAAUCUCGUAGGUUACUACAGCUCACCUGGGUCACGUGUCCUACUUUCUGCAAAAUUCACUACUAGUGAAGUACUACUGGUAGGUAUCAGAUUAGCUGGGGAUUUAGGGGCACAAUUUCGUUUUAUUUUACCCAUACAAACGUCAAUUACUCUUGUAGAUUACGACAGAUCUCCUGUACACUUCUUCUCAUACUAUCUGGCAACUUACUCAACAGGUACGUCACGUUUCGACUACUUCUCCCUCCCUACCUACCUUUAGGGUUUAUACAGAUACUGGCAAGAAAUAGGACCCACUAGGUAUGUUUUUCUGGCCUUCUACGCCUUACGUUAGUGGUCCCGCGAGGCCUACACCCAUCCUCAAUUCGGAGGUACGGCAUCCCCUCGGGCCCAUUCAUAGCUAGCCGCCUCGCUUAGUUGCAUAGAGAGGGCCUCACUUGUCACUCCCAUUCUGUCUUAUGCCUUUACAAGUCACAGAGAGGCCACCACCCUGCCAUAAUGCCAAUGGCCACGUAUCCCACACGCGCCAAAUCAUAGAUAGUGCCUCUCAAGGCCGCUUGGCCACUAGUAGGGCCUCAUCUGUCACGUCGCUUGAUAAUUCUUCGCCGCUUGGCAUUUAGUGAUCAAUAGCCAGUUGGGUAGCCCCAGAUAACAUACUAUUUUAUGUUGUAGCAUGUCACAAGUUCCUGAAGAAAGGGAAGAUGUGUCCAUCGCCAGUACACCGGCUAGAUCGGUCACUCCAUCGCGGGGUGACGACAACGCAAGCCCUGCAUCACUCAGGGCGUGGACUGUUCCAAGAAUAACGGCUGAAUUAAGGAAGAGAAAUAUUCCGUUCCCUGCUACAGCUAGGAAAGCUGAGUUGUACAGACUAUUAAAUACCCAGACUGAUAACUCUGGGGCAGGGGAAGGAUCCAGCGGGAACCAUUCCUCAGAUCUGCAGUCAGUUUUGUCGUCAGUCCUGACCUCUUUGGGUCGUAUUACGGACAAACUGGACAAAAUGGACGCAGAUAGCCAGCAAAGGUCGCCUGCUACUGCAGGGAGCCCAGUUGCUGCAGUAUGCUUGGACCCUCUACCGGGUAAUUUACCAACUAGCUCUAAAGACCCACAUAUAAUUAACCCAGCACACAUGGUACCUGCUAAAACCAGAAAGGACAUCUUGGAAGGAAAGGAUAUCAAUCUGGUAUCACUUUUGAUUGCCUCACAAGAUGUCCUUGAGAAUAAGACAUAUGCAUAUGGGGAUGUGUCAGUAGUUCUCAAGUCCAGAGAUCCCAGGCUGAAUCAAAAGCUUUCCAUUCCAGAAUUUGUACUGGCCUUCGGUAUAUACAGGGACGUCCUAUGCUCUGUAUAUCCAGAUAGGAGGGAAGAAUUGGACCUUUACCUCCACAAGCUGGUGGAUUUGGGGCACAAGUACGGUGGUACGUCAUUUUACGACUACCACCGUGCUUUUUCCGCAAAGGCGUCGGCCACCCUAGCACAGUUCAAUAUUCAGGCUGAUUGGGGUGUGCUUGAUACUGAGCUGUUUUGUCGGCACUUUGCGGGCCUGAAAACUCCAGCUUGUGCCAUUUGCUCAUCCAAUUCCCACACGGCUAAUUUAUGCCCUAAUUCUCCUGAGGUGAAUGCUGCUUUUUCACCUGCUAAUGUGGUACCCACAGGGAGGUCUGGCAGGGUGUUUAAAGACAAACUAGGCCGUGAUAUUGUGUUCUUGGGCAAGUCACAGGUCUGUAACAAUUUCAACACCGGCUCUUGCGGUUACAGUGCCUGCAGACUUCUGCAUGUCUGUUCAAUCUGUUUCAGGGCUCACGCCAAGGCAAUGUGCCCUAAUAAACUAUUCCCUAAGCAGUAUCAAACGUCUCUUCAUGUCUCCCUACUGAAAGAACUUUUACGUAAUCAUCCAUCACAACAUCUCGUUGACUUUUUGGUGACAGGGUUUACGAUGGGCUUUCACACGGGUAUUGUGCACAUGCCUACAGGGAUCCUGGAAUGUAAAAACUUACAAACAGCUCUAGCAGCACCCGACACUAUCAACUUACUCAUUCAGAAGGAAAUGGACCAAGGUUUCUUGUUAGGCCCUUUUGACUCCCCGCCGUUCACGGUUUGGAGAACUAAUCCCAUAGGACUGGUCACUAACAAAUCCUCACAAAAACAAAGGCUAAUUCUCGACCUGUCAGCCCCCCAUGCAUCUCCUACUCCAAGCCUAAAUUCAUUAAUACCGUCUGAAGAAUUCUCCCUCCAAUAUGCUAACAUAGAUAACGCAGUCACAGCCAUCCUCGCAGCCGGAGUAGGGGCAUGGCUAUGUAAAACGGAUAUUGUGAACGCUUUCAAAUUACUCCCGAUUCAUCCAUCCCUAUGGCAUUUACAUGGGGUUAAGUGGCAAGGCUCCUAUUACUUUUUCACUCGUCUCACGUUUGGUUCAAAAAGCAGCCCCAGGAUCUUUGAUAUAUUUGCGGAGACGCUGUGUUGGAUGCUGCUUAACCUCUGUAAAUGCCCCACAGUUAUCCAUUACCUGGAUGAUUUCCUGACCGUAGAAAGUAACUCAGCACCUCCUACUAGCCUCCAGUCAAUCACACGACUGUUCACGAUUAGGAGUUCCGGUAUCACCGGCAAAGACUGAAGGUCCCGAUACUAUAAUCAAUUUCUUAGGGGUUGUACUUGACUCCGUGAACAUGCAGGCUAGCCUCCCCAGGGAAAAGAUCGAACGCAUCCUGGCAGCCAUCGACCUUUACUUGGGAAAAGGCUCAUGUAAUAGGAAGGAAUUGCAAUCCCUGCUGGGUUCAUUGAAUUUCGCAAUGAAAAUUAUUCCACAGGGGAGAGCAUUCAUUUCCAGGUUGCUUAGCCUGUUUCCAAUGUUUCCAACUGACGCAUCCCGCAUUUCACUAGACAUACAUGCAAAAGCUGACCUUCGUAUGUGGAAGGAGUUUUUGCUAAACUGGAACGGGAAAAGCAUUUUUAUCCCGGUUUGGUCAGAAAAUUCGGUAUCACUCUGGACAGAUGCCGCAGCCACUUCUGGAUUUGCCGCUAUUUGGGGCAACAAAUGGAUGUAUGGUAAAUGGCCAGGAGAGAUUACUGAGAUCCCCAGGUUUAAGGAAACUUCAGCACUAUUUGAGCUGUAUCCUAUCGUAGCGGCAGCAGUUAAGUGGGGAGCAGGCUGGUCUGGGAAUACGGUUCGUUGCUUCUCAGACAACAUGGCUACAUGCCAUGUUGUAAAUAAGGGACGUUCCUCUUCCUUGGCCAUCAUGAGGUUCAUGAGGACUCUCACAUGGCUGGCCGCUAAACACAGUUUCCUUUUGUCUUGCUUUCAUGUGCCUGGUUUUCUCAAUAUUGCAGCUGAUCACUUAUCACGGUCUCGGUUUCAGGAGUUCCGGGAAGCCCUUCCAACAGCUGCCCUAAUACCAACUCCGGUACCACAGUGGCAGGAAAUGGUCUGGGACUAAAAGAGCUGCUAUGUCAUGGGCGGCAACUCUCACAGCUCGGUCUUUCUGCUAAUACUAGGAAGGCAUAUGGUAGAGCUUUUGAUGUAUUUAAUAAAUUUUUGUUGGACUUUAAUAUUGUUGACCAGUUUUCCAUGGAGACCAUUAUUGCUUUCAUCUCCUUUUGCCACCUUCAUCUAACAUUGUCAUACAACACCAUUAAAUUGUAUAUCACAGGUAUUCAGCACCACAUACUCACUUCUUGGCCUAACAAACAACGCUUUCUAUCCUCCUACCAAGUAAAAGCUAUACUUAAAGGUAUCAAAAACUCCACUCCUACACCCUCACCUGCUAGACUACCCAUCCACGAUCUAUUAUUCCAGGCACUAUCAAAUCUACUAGACACCUCACCAUUCGAAGGUCAUACCAAUCGUGUUAUUAAAACAGCCAUCUAUCUCGCAUUUUACGGUUUUCUGCGACCCAGAGAAUUCACCACCACUAGCGUUAACUCACUCACCUUCAUCACUAGAUCCGAUCUUAUAAAGGUGCACGAUCACUAUCAACUAUCCCUACACCACACCAAAACUAGCGCCAAAGGUCAGACAGUCAUUAUACCCUAUUACCCCACUAGUAAUAUCUGGUGUCCGGUGGAAGUUUUUGACACGCUUCUGGCUUUCUGUAAUAUGGCUCCCACACAGCCACUCCUAUCCUUGCACGGUAAUGUACUCACUACGAGCAAAUUCAUGAUGUAUGUUAGGAUGUUGUUGAUCCGGCUAGGUUUGAACCCAGCCAGCUAUUCCGGACACUCCUUCCGCAUAGGAGCCGCAACGACAGCUUCAAAAAAGAAUAUACCAGCUCACGUUAUCAAAAUAUUAGGCCGAUGGAAAUCCACAGCAUAUACCCGCUACAUUCCCCAGCCUGUACAAGAAGUACGCCUGGCUUUCAAAACCAUGAAUAUGUAAUGUGUAGUGUCGAGUUAUGAUACAAUAAAUGGUUAUAUCUUUUUGCCCUCUUUUUUCAGGCCUACUUCCUCGUCAGUUCCGGCACACCACAACUGACCUUUCCAUUCUAUGUUUGUCUUAUGUCAAUAAUACGACGGCUUAUGCCAUGACCACAAAUGGAAGGCGUGGCCUGAAGUUGUGGGAGGGGCUUGGUUCCCCUUCUUAAGGAGCAUCAACCCUUCCCUCAUUACCUGUUGGGUCUGGCGAAUUGUCCCACCCACCACACCACUUUUAUAAGCAUUCUAUAAGGUAGGCCCUCUUUUUUCAGGCCUACUUCCUCGUCAGUUCCGGCACACCACAACUGACCUUUCCAUUCUAUGUUUGUCUUAUGUCAAUAAUACGACGGCUUAUGCCAUGACCACAAAUAAAUAUAUACUGAAGGUGUAAAAAAUGUGAAUGUAUAUACACAAUGAUGAAAAAACGUGAAAAAAGAGCAAAAAAAAUGUCAGCAAGUCUAGUAUGUGAGUAAUGUGUGUAAGGUGCAAUAAGGUGUCUAAUCUAUGGAAAAUGUGUGAAAGAAAUAGAACUAGAAUAAAAAAUAGAUAAGAGUGCAGAGAAGAGCCCCCUCCUGCCCCCCCCCAAAAAAGAAUAAGAUGUCAUAAAACCUCCUGCCUCUAUAACCGUGACCAAAUAUAUACAUAUAUACAAUAAACCACCUAUAAAGUAAUAAUAUAGGCAAUUAAAGCAAAAACAUAACCAAUAAGGUAAUAUAUAAAUGUUUAAAGGAAAGACACAGGAUACCCCCAAAAAUACUGGUGUCCUCUUGUGUCAGGGAACUCCCUAUCAUUAGUUGUAACUGGAAUACAAUCAUAAACAUUUAAAUAUUACUAUAUGGAUUUGGCGCUUUCAAACAAGCCCACAUGUACGAAUAUUUCCAAGAUGAGAUGAGCAUAACAAAAAAAUGUAAAAAACUAGCAACAGAAAAAGAGAAUUAAUCCUAAACAAGGCAAAGACUACAGCGGUGACCUCAAAAAGUAAUCCCCUAGAUACUAUAGGGGAACCAGAUACCAAAUAAAAUCCUCUCCCCCCCCCCCAAAAAAAGUAACAAAUGUAGCCUAAUUAAAUACCCAAAAAACAUAAUAUAUGACUCAUCUGGUUUCAAAAAAUUAUUUAUUUAUUAUUUAUUACUGCUAUUUAUAAAGCGCUAACAGAAUUAAAGGAUAUAUAUUCAUUUAAACCUUUUGGUUGAACAGUAUCUAAUUGUCGCAUCCAGAAUGUUCCCUUCUGCAGCAAAAGUUUGGAGCGGUCACCUCCUCUGGGGAGUUCUGGUAUUCUAUGAAUACCCAUAAAUUUCAGCGUAGGUAAUCUAUGUUGGAGUUGGAGGAAAUGUUUUGCUACCGACUUGUCCGUUUUUCCAUCCCUGUAUGCUGUCAUGAUGGCCGAUCUAUGUCCCUGCACUCUAUCUCUUAAUGUUAAAUCCGUUUUGCCAACGUAAAACAAACCACAAGGUCAAGAGAAGAGGUAUAUAACAUGAUCCGAUUGACAUGUGAUAUAAUGUGAGAUCUUGUAUCGUCUACCCAUGUGCGGGUGUGCAAAUGUCGUACCAACCAGCAUAUGUCCGCAAGUCACACAUCCCGUACAUUAGUAACAUCCCUUCUUUCUUGUCUUGGUGGGAAUUUCUUUUUCAGAUGGUAGAUCAGUAUGCAUAAGUAAAUCUUUGAGAUUCCUAUUACGUUUAUAGGCUAUUCUAGGCGGUCUUCUGAAUAUAUUGCUCAAAGAUUGACCGGAUGUCAAUAUAUCCCAAUGUUUUCUAAUAUUUGUAGAGAUGUUGUAACUGCCAGAAUGGAAUGUCAUGGGUACAGUAAUUUGUGCUUCUUCAUCAUUGGACUUCUUGUCCCCUUUAGGGUAAAUAUCCAAUGCUUUGUUAAGCGCUUUUUGGAGUACUGGUUGACGAUACUCCCUUUGCCAAAAUUAUGUUCUCAUGUCUUCUAUUUGGUUUUUUGAUUCGUCAAAUCAGAAUUAUACCUAAGUACCCGGAGAAAUUGAGAAAUGGGGAGUGAUUUCUUUAACCCCUUAAGGACACAUGACGUGUGACAUGUCAUGAUUCCCUUUUAUUCCAGAAGUUUGGUCCUUAAGGGGUUAAAGAUGGUGGAUGAAAACUAUUAGCAUGUAAUAAUGUGCAUCUGUCCGCCGGUUUUUUGUAUAGUGUAUAUCCAAUACCUGCUUCUGCGCUAUACACUUCCACAUCCAGGAAUUGAAUCCUCUCCGUGGUACAAUUAAGGCUCAGCUUGAUGCUUGAAUCCUCCUGGUUCAGAUCCCCAAUCAUGUUUACCAACUGGUCUUGUGACCCAAGCCAGAUUAGAAAGAUGCUGUAGACAAAUCUAUGAUACGUCAGUAACUUGUCUCCGUAUGGUGUAGUAAUUUUGGAUCUUUCAAACGUGCAUAAAACAAUUGGCGUACGCCGGUGCUAUCGCUGAGCCCAUUGCAUUACCCGUUUGUUGUAAAUAACGUCGAAACAUUGAUUUUGUACUUUAAUACACUUUGAAAAAUUUCCCAAGGAGUGCUCUAUUUAUUUAGUUUCUCUCUCUAAAUAACUCUCUCUCUCUCUCUCUAUCUAUCUAUCUAUCUAUCUAUAUAUAUAUAUAUAUAUAUAUAUAUAUAUAUAAUGUUGCAGUCCGUGUUCUAGGCUUCCCCUAGUGGCAUUACUUGGUGAGUCUUUCUUAAAUUGUAAAAUUAGCUAAAACUUUUUUCUUGACCUGUAUUUAUAUAGUUAACACUAUGUCUACAAAACACCUUUUUUGCGAUGGGAAACAGUAUCGUGUUGGCAAAUGCCUGGGGCCUUGUGACGAAGGGACUUAAUUUUGGGUCAGAAAUAAGUUAUAAAUAACUACUAGGCUGUUAUAAUGUACAGUAGUGUGUAAUGAUGUUUUAUUCGAAUCUCCGAAGAAGGCCAUAAAUGGAAUAAAGCUAAUGAACUUUCUAUUGAAUAAAGCACCUUUGGAUAAGUUUAGGAUAAUCACCCUUGGUUUGUAAAUCAGAUGGAUGAUCUGCAUUAUAUACUAUUGACUUAACAAUACUAGAGCUAAAAAUAAAUCACAAGAUCCAGUACCACGACUUUUAAUAGAACAUAGAUACUACUUGUGUGUCUUUGUGUUCUUCACUUGUGUGGUGUGAAUCUAUAUGCUGCGAAUACUCUUUGUUAAUCUGCCCUUCUGUUUUUCAGGUGUGGUAGAAGCUGCAGGCACGGUUCUUAGUAGCCACAAUAAGCCACAUCUCCAGGCUGUGAUCCGGAGUCAUCAAGUGGUAGAGCAUUGCCUGAUAUGGAACAGCUUGACAAGAAGUUGGUGAGGCAAUCACCAGGGAUAUCGAGGUUGUUAGAGCAGGAAAAGGACUAAGAAAAGGAUUUUACCAUACUACUCCUUAGCAUGUUUUUGUUCCCAUGUGUGGAAACUGAGUUGGAACUUCUACAACAGUGAUUAUUAACCUUUUUGACAGGGACCUAUUGGCAUUAUUUUGUUAAUAUAUUGUAAAAUUACAAUAGAUUACAAGUUCAGUGAUCUAUUUUCCUAAUCUGUAAUGUGACAAAUAAUAUAAAUCUACAAAAUAAGUUGAUCAAACUUUCCACAGUGUCUACGGGGGUAGCCACUGCUUCAGGGAAAAAAUACUCCUACAGUAGAUCAUUUAUAGUUCGUAAUUUCUUGUGGCUUAAUAAAUAUAUUGUGCCUGUUCUAGUGAUUAGGAUUCCACUCUAGGUCAUGACACAGGAGUUAAGAACCAGUUCUAGAAUAUAGUAUAAAGGUAAAUGUAGAAGCAUGUGUUGCAUUUUUUUCCAUUCCACUAAUGCCUCUGAAAUAUGUUUUUUUGUUUUUUUUCACCAAUCCCUAGGAGUGAGUGUGAGAGAGUUCUUCACAAUAGUGUCAAUGCUAUUCCUUUCCAUCUUUGUCCACUGGAGGGAGCUGGGGACCCAGUACUCAUAUGUGACCCCCUGAAUGCUUCUGGACUGGCCCUGCAAACUAUUCAUGAACAGUUUCAGGCUUCAUCCGCUGGUCUUGGAGAGUUGAUGGGACAUUACCUGACUGGGGAGAAGCCCACUGGUCUGUUGGAGACAGAAGAGAUUUUGCCGGUGGGGGUAAUUCUGACUGGACUAGGACGGCUAUCGCUGGACAAUCAGGGAGUGAUGAUAUUACAGCCUCCCCAAAAUGCUUCUGAAUAUUUUCUGUCCCUUGUUGGACAUGAAGAGAUAUUGGAACAACAGGAGUCAAUAGCCUACGUGUGGAGGAAUGCAGCACUGUUCUUUGGAACUCUGGGAGCUGCUGUUUUCUGCUUCACUUUGUAUCGAGCCUUUCGCAAGUAUAAAGAGAAGCAGAAGCAGCAAGAGGAGGAAAGAAGGUGGGAUAACAUAAGUGAAGAGGAGCAGUCUACUGAAGAUAUGAGCGGGGCUUCUGACAGAAUGUGUGUAGUCUGCCUUUCUCAGCCACGUGAAUGUGUAUUUCUACCUUGUGGACAUGUAUGCUGCUGUUUCACGUGUUAUCAAUCACUGCCCACAUUCUCCUGCCCUAUUUGUAGGUGUCAGCUAGAGAGAGUUGUACCUCUGCACCAGUUUUAAAUACCAUAUUUCAGGAUCUGUACUGAGAUGUAGGUGGUGUUCUUUCCAGCUAACUGCAAGAGUCUAAGCAAUACAUUGCAUUACUUGUGUAAUGUUUUUUUUUUUCUCAUGACCAUUUAACAAUAUAUAUAUAUAUAUAUAUAUAUAUAUAUAUAUAUUUUUAUACUGAAAAUGUAUGGAGAAAUCUACAUAAAAAUAAGGAAACUGGAAUAUGCAGGGUACUACUUGCUGUAAUUCUUCUGUUUUAUUGUGUGGUGCACUAUCAACCUCAAUGACUCAAGCAGUUGACUAAUGUCUGCUUUGUGAAGACAAGCCAUAAAUAUUAAUAUAGUGUGCGGCCACAUGUCAUUUAACAAACAAUGUUAUUGCACAUACAUUAGUUUAAUGCCUUGUGCAAAGGUUUUGCGAUUGUAGAUUUAUGUUUCUGGAAUCCAGUCUGUAAAUGAUAGAUAUAGCUUUAAGUUUCAGAUAUCUAAAAUAUAGACUAAAAAAAUCCCAAAAUGUUUAUCAAAAAAAUUCAACUAAUAUAAAGGGGAGAUCCUCUGUGGCCUAGCAUUAUGGCAUAGACCAGGGGUAGGCAACAUUUUAUUAGUACUAUGCCAAAACAAGAUCUUGAACGCCAGUCCUAUUUUUUUAAAUUGAAGUGUGUAUGUUGCCGUCUUGUGCUUGUGUUAUUUAUGUGUGUAGCAAUUGCUUUGUAGUGAUGUAUUUGUGUGUAUGCAGGCUGUUAUAAUGUAUAUGUUCAUAAAUAAUUUGUGGUGGUGUGUAUGAUACCUAUGAAUGUGGGCUGUAUGGGACAUGCUUGUGGAAUUGUGUGUGUUGAUGACAUGUCACAUUGGGUGUUUGAUGGGGUGUAUAUGUUGGGGCUGCUUGUGGUAUUGCAUGUGAGUGUGUGUGUGAUGUCAGUGGUGUUGUGUUUCUGGACACUGUGUGUGUGUGGACUGUUUGUAUUAGGGGGAGGCUUUUUAUGCAGCACUGUGUAUAUCUGAGUGUGGGUGGCUUCCCUGUGGUCCAGUGAGGAAUGUGCUGACCAGGUACAGGUCAAGGGCAGAAGCUGCAAUAGCUGCUGCAGGCUAUUCUACUCCAAUUUUGAUUCCUGUGCACACGUGCAGGGAGGAAGUGAUCCAAGAUGUGUGAUCCAUGCUGCAAUGUGUAAAUUGAGGAUUGUCCCUCAUCACCUGCAAUCACAGCUCGAUUUUCACUAGCAGAUAUCUGAAGUCCCACCUCGAGUGCCAUAGGUUGCUGACCCCUGGCAUAGACCAUACUCACUUUGAUACUUGUAAACUGUGUGUAUCUAUACCAUGGAGGAGAGUCAGAAUGCACUCCUGCUUGCUACCAUUUCUAGGAUUCUUUUUGACAAUUUGACAAUUUUUAUUGGUUAUCAAUUUGACAAUUUUUAUUGGUUUUUUGGGGAUACAGAAGAAAGAAAGGGGAGGUUAGGGGGUAUAACAAAUUCCUCUUUUGGUUUUGUUACAUCACAGAAUUCCAGUAUGACAUUAUCUUGGCAUAUCCAAAAUCAAUAGUGUGACACAGCACACUUCAUCAAAAGCAAACAUUUCUGUACCACUGCCAGGAUUCUUAAUACUGCUGAUAGUAUCUUGCAUGUACCUGAAUAUGAUUCCAUGCAUUAUCAUUUCUGAUAAACAGUAUACACAUUUUGCCUUUCUAUGUAAACUCUGGGAUCUUUCUGUAGUUAUAUCAAAUAUUUGUAAAUAUUCUAUUAGUUCUGUACAUUGUGUAUCCAUAUUAUCUGGCAUAAAAAAGAAAGUGAAAUCAAUAGAAAGCAAAAGCAUGAAAGAAAAGAAAUGGGAAUUAUUUUUAUUUUUUUAUAUGGACACAUCUGUAUACACACAGAAGGAAAAAGUAGAGCAGGUGACAAUAAUACAUUACUGGUAUGUUGCAACAGUAUCAUACACAUUAGAAUAUACUUAACAGUACCAGACACCAAUAAACAAGGAAAAUGAAUGAAAAACUAAAUUACGAAAAAUGCAUUUUUUUAUUAUUGUUUGAAAACAAUCAAAUAACUCUAGUAGUUUUAUUGAUUUUUUAUUUUUUUACAAGAGGAUGUGACCAUUAACCCCUUAAGGACACAGCUGCAGAAGCUUGUCUUACGCUUAAUGACACAAGCCAUUUUUGCAUUUUUUUUGCUGUUUGUGUUUAAACGCAAUUUGCAUCUCUGUCAUUUAUUGCACCAACACGUAUUAUACAUCGUUUUUUAGAAGGUAAACAGAGCUUUAAUUUGAUAUCACAUAUACAUAGAUACAUUCUCACUAAUUAUAAAAAAAAAUAUAAAAAUAAAAAUACACUUUUUCACAGUUUUGGCAAUAAUAGCGUGUGCAUAAUAUGUCCAGCUUAGAAAAAGUAAUUAAAAAUAAAUUAAUGUGUCUUGAUUUAUAGAGUACAUCAUAUGUAUAGGAUUUAAGCUUAUUUUGAAAGUUACAGGUCACAAAAUACAAGGACUAAAAUAAAAUUUACAUUUGCAAACAUUUUAGGAGUUGGUAUGUUUGUCUUGUAGGCUUAGUAGCCAUCACAGAAAACAAAAUUGCCACACAAAAGUAUAUAUUUAUAUAAAGUAGACAUCACAGGCUAUUUACCUAAGGUUAUUUUAACACUUUUUACGUAGCCAUUUCACUGCCAAUCUCUGCUAAAUAUUGGAGUAAAAUUGUGGGUUUUUUUGGUUUUUGACACACAAACUUAUAACACAGAUCUCAUGUGUAUUUUGUGUUUAUUUUGAGUUCAGCUACAUAUGCUGAGUACAAUGAUACCCCCAUUGUAUGUCUUUGGCACUAUUUCGUGAAGCUACACUGCCAAAUAGGAGACCUGGCCAUUUCAGUAUUUACAGUAGAAUUUUGAGAGACAGAUUUGAUGGGCCUAUAUUUCGUUUUGAAAAUAAUAUAUAUGUAUAUUUUAAUUCUUUAUUUUUGUUGUGCAGGUAGUUACAUUACUUUGUCAAACGCCACAACAGCGUACAUAAAGAGUCAUACAGGCUUAACAGUGGCAAGAAUGUGUGCACAUUUUUAAAAAUGAACACGUUCAGUAAUGAC